UGCCCGUUGUUCCAAAGUUUUGGAAAAAGUUUGUCAGGAGUGGAGCCGCCGCAGUGAUUGCGGACGCUGUGUUCGUGUAUGCAUCUCUGAAAUGGCGCCUGAAGCUUCUCCUGAAAUGUUAACAAACCAGUGACAUGUUGUUGUUUUUUGACAGAGACGCUGUUUGAGGAGUUUUCUGAGGAAAGAGCUGUAGAAAUGCUUCGGUGGGUUUAACCACCAUCUCUGGAUGUAGCCGGUUAGCUAGCGGCUCUCCUCGGUGAGAGCGACACAGCGACAGUACGAAUGCUUCAGGUACAUUUAGUCGCGACGACGGCCACGAUACUUUCAUUUAUCUUAAACACACAAGUGUCGUGUUUGUUUCCACCUUCUUCACACCACCGCCCGCGGCACGGUGCUGCUCAUCAGUCCUGCUGUAACUGUACAUGUCAGGAUGCAUCAUGGAGCACGAACCCACCACCUCCUCCUCUGUUGGACAACCUGGAGAGUUUCUGCAGUCUCAAUCUAAUGCAACAUGACCGUGUUGGGAGAACUUCCGCGCUGACACUGCUCAGGAUGGAUGGUACAAUGGAACUCAAAGGGCCAGUGGUGUUUUCUUCAGAGGGCCCCCUCUCUUCUUCAGCUCCUGCCGGUCCAUGGGGAAACUCUUUUUACUCUUCAUUUAGUGACAUGUCAAACAUCUUGCACCUUCGGUUCCGCAGGAGCACACUCACCAGAUUCAACCCGGGCCACACUCUGCCUCAGGUUCAGAGUGUGGCGCCUCCGUCUGCAUUUGGGGUGAAAUUUCACAAGUGUGCUCAGGUGAAGCUCGACACUGAUCCUCCUCAGUUGACUUUCUUCCUGCUGAUUCACAACAUGGGUCCAGUCGGUGGUACCAACCUGUCUCAGGUGGCUAUCCGGGACUCCCUGUCUGGAAUAGUCCCCCUAAAAACUGAAGGCAGGGUGGUGGAAAGAGGCUACCAGACAUUUGCUAUUGAUUCCCUGUCUGCUGGUUCUCAAAUUGUUGUCAACUACACUGCUCACAUAAGAAGUCAUAAGAGUGAAAUAAUGGACCUUCCAGCUUUUCUCACUUUUUCUAAUGCAUCACAGAAUGACGUCAGUAUGUUUGGUCCAUUAACAGCUAAUCUAACACUGAGGGUGAACUCCACUGACAGAAUCUAUCCCAACCAUGGAGUCCAUUUUGCUGGAUUUGCUGCCGGGUUCUUUGUCACUUUGGUGCUGCUGUCACUCGGGUUCCUGGCCAUGAACCUGAUAGGCCUCAGAACCAGGCUUAACCUCCUUCAGCAAAGGAGGAAGAGAAGGGAUUCAGACCUGGAGUAUGCAGACUGCAACAUGAGCGAGACAAUUAAAGAUGAGGCAGCAUUUGAAGACAAGAUGAUGGACAUCAUGGUGUUAGAGGAUCCUCAGAACAUGUACCAGGCUUUGGAGAACCUUGAAAUGUCGACACUGCUUCACGCAACCAACAACCUGGAGACCGCACGCAUUCAGAUCUACAAGGAUGUGAUAUCCUCCCUGCUGGGGGGCCUGAGGGCCAGGGGCCAGGCCACCGCCCAGGCCCAGCAGAGGCUUCUCAGUGUGCUCCAUGGACAGCUGCUUGGCAUGGAGGGCCGACUGAAGGAGGAGCGAGGGACCCGCAUGGCUGCCCUGGCUGGCCAGUGUAACCUGGAGACUCGGGAAGAAAUGGAAGCGGAGCACCGCAGGGAAGCAGCUGAGAAAGCCCAGGCCGAGCUGCUGUGUCAAAAUGCAGACCAACAGGAAGUCAUGCAGUGCAGUGUCCUGCUGGAGAAGCUGCAUAAACGGAGCCAGAGUCGACUCCAGCGCAUCCUGUUGGUCCGACAUGAAGAAGCCUCAGCAAAGGUUCAGAGGCAAAUCAUCGAGUGGCGCCGGGUGGAGCUGCACAAGAUCUUCUCUGAGGAGCUGGAGGAGGCCACCAGGAUGGGCGAGUUGGAGAAAAGCACAGCCAUGAGUCUGCAGCAUGAUUAUUUUACCUGUCAGGAUCAGCUUGAAGAGGUUCUGGAUGUCGUCCUUGCCAAUCAGCGCUAUGUUCUGGCUGAACGCCACGCACAGAGGAAGUUCCUGGUUCACAGCCUCCACAGCCUCAACAGCCUGAUUUCUGACACCUUCUCUAGCACCUCCAGCAACUUGGACAGCUGGUUCACUCACAUAAGGAGAGGGAGCACAGUGCCUGCAGAGCAGAUAGACCAGCUGCAGGAAAAGGCCCAGAAAGAGCUGGUGAUGGUGAGGCAGAGGCUGGAGGAGGCGCUGAAUCAAGAGAGGAGAGCCAUGCGCUGCGGCCUGAUCAAGAAGAGGAGGGAGAUCAUCACUGAAAUGCUCAGAGUCCACAAACAGAGAGAGAAGGAGCUGUCCAGUCUGUCUAAGCGUCUGGAGCGAAGCAUGGAGGUAACCCAGAACCUGCACUGUUGGCAGAAUCUACUGACGGCCCACAGCUUGGAGCUAGCUGAGCUCAUCAACAACCUGGAUGAGGAGGCUACUGCUGACAUCCGCAAGGUGACCAUGCGUGUGAUCCAAGGUGCGAUAGCAGAAGUCAAAGCCAUCCAGCCUUCUGUCACUCAGGCCCUGCUAACGCCCUUACCUCCAGGGACGCACCUAUCCCUGCUGCAGGUAGAAUCAGAGCAAGUAGCUGUACAGGCACAGGGACAAGGAGCAAGCUCACUCCUGCAGGGCCAGGAGAGGCUGCACCAGGAAGGCAAGGCAGCUCUGCGCACCCUGAGCGGCACUAGGGAGGCUCUGCAGGAAGCCAUGGAGAGAGAGCUGCAGGAGCAGAGGGAGAUAAGGGCACAAUCCAGAGCCUUCUUCAGGUGUUUGUGUUCUUCCCAGCUGACUCUAUCUGAAGAUGAUAGGCUCAGGAUGAAACUGGAGUUCCAGAAGUGUCUGUCUGUGAUGGACCGCUGCCUGGUGCUGCCUCAUGCUGUCUCCAAAACCAAACUCCACACUUCUCUGGCGGCUUGGAGAAAGGACAGCGAGAAACAGAUGACAAAUAUGCAAUCCAAGGGGAAAACCAGCAAGGCCAGACAGAAAACAGACGAAUCCGACCUGCUGCUUUUUCAGAAAAGGCUCGAGGACAGGAUCCAACUAUUUGAGGAAGAGAAGGAGAUGGAGAGCACUGUCAUGAAUGAGGUGUUGGAGGAGAUGCAGAGGGAAAGAGAGAAGGAACUCCGCUCUCAGGCAGACAACCUGACGAUUCAGAUGGCUGCCAUCCACUUCCUGAAGGCUGAGAGGAGGACCAAAGUCCUGGAGACCUGCAGGGCCAUGCUCACCCUGCACAGCCUGCUCAUUCAGCAGCUCAGAGAGAGGAAGAGCCUGGAGAGUCAAGACAUGGCCCAGAGUAUACAGAGCCACUGCAUGGGCCUAGAGGAAGCAGAGCAGGAGCUUCAGAGGGAGAGGACAGAGUUGGAUGGCCUUGAGAUGUUUCAGAGCAGAGUCGAGUCAAAUAAAACACGCAGAGACGACUCUGAAGACAGCGAGGAGGACAUCGAGGAAGACAAGGUGUUUCUGCUGCAGCAGGACUGUAGGAUGACAACCAUCCUCCAGGAGGCGCUCUACAAGUGUGGUCAGGUCAUCACACUGUUGACUGAGCGUUUGCAAGAAAGAACUGCCAACUAUCAAUCCAUGGAAGAUUUAAAAGAACAAAUGGAGCUCAAGAGACUUUAUGGAAACUGUGACCAGGAUCUGGAGUUUGCAUCUCAGCUGGUGAAGCAGAGUCAGGUGUCUGCCGAGGUUCUCCUGGAGGCCCUGCGUCUCCUCCUCCCCACGCUGCCUGAAAGCGAACUCCUCUCCAUCUCUGAUGCCCUCUGCCCUAAACAGCACCAUGCGUCGUUGUUGGCAGAGCAAGAAAAUGUGGGGUGUGCUGUGGGUUCCAAUCGACUUAUUUCUGUCAAACUGAGAGAAGACAUGGUGCAUAAAAAUAUGUGCUGCAAUGUGGACGGAGAGCGGCUCCAGGAAAAGAGGCACAGUCUGAUGGAAAAACUGCUGCCCUCAUCUCACCUUCUGCUUCCAAGAGAUGUGGAACCAGAGAAAGUAAAGAAGGAGAGUUUCACUGAAACACAACCGCGUGUUUGUAAAUCAACUGUGACUGAAAACACGGUUAAACAGCAGCAAAGUGACGCUGUAAAAGGGAAGGCUGGGGACGCAGUGAAUGAAACAUUACACAGCUCAGCCUCAGCUAGCUGUGCACUGGACGUCCCUGUGACAGGAGAGCGGCUGUUCGUGUUUCGGGAUCCACCUGAAGCUCGUGACUGUGUGAUUGUCCACAAGAGAAAAAGGAAGAGGAAUUUCCUCAAUCUAAAGAAAGGUUCAGUGGCCCCGACAAACCUUUUGUGACAUUUUACAAAUAUUGCUUUGCAAGAUUUGUUAUAAUGAUGGUACUUUAUGAUGUUACUUAAAUACAACAUAAUUCAUAAAGUUUUUCUUUGUAGCAAAAACAGCCAUUUUUUUGUAACAUGUAUGUAGCUUCUAGCUUUUCAAGUAAAGGCAGCUGACUGUUUCCAGUUAUUCCUUCUCCUUCUCAGUUCCUAAGAUUGUAAUAGGCAGGUUGAUUUGCAAGGUCAAACAUAAGUGGUUGACUCACCGGUUAUUAUUCUUCCACAACUGCCUUCAGUCCACAGAGCUACAGGCUCCCAUCCAAAGGUUGCA